CUUCUCCAGCUAAACAUUACAGAUGAGUUCGCCUUCUCCGUUUCCUCCUAACUCUGCUGCUUUUCCGCUGAGCUACAACGACCAAGCCAAGCGCAUACCGCAACUACAUGUCAGAUGAUGCGCUGAGGGUGGUUUUUAAUAAAGACCACCCGCUAUGCAGUGCUGGUGCUCGGUGUUCGGCUUGUAGGUAUCUGUGCGGCCGCAGAGUGUAGAGAUCAGGAAGCUGAAGAAAAGAGAAGUGAGAGAAGCAGACAGACAGGAGGCCACGGUUCCCCCUCAAACACAUACAUACAUCACCUCGGCCUUGAUGGUGAUGUAUGCAAGGAAACCAACAAGAGUCAGCGAUGGGUGCAACGACAGAAGGGAUUCGCAAUCCUAUCAGACCCAUAAAUCUCAGCCAAAGAGCCAGUCCAGCAGCCUUCACCGGUAUGACAAGGUGCGUGAUGGCUCUUCUGACCCAACACCCCCUUACAAGAUGCUGCGGCGCUCAGACGAAAGUCCUGUCAGCAGGCAUGGAGACGGAGCAGGACACGGCAAGGCAAAAACCUCUCACACUGUCAGAGGAAAAAAUGGGACCAGCGGCUCUCCUCAGGAGAACUCGCACAACAACAGCUCCCACCACGGCUCAGACUCGCAUGCGACUCAGAGCAAGCCUGCAGACAGGGAGCCGGCGGAUGACUGGACAGAACACAUCAGCUCCUCUGGGAAGAAGUACUACUACAACUGUAGAACUGAGGUCUCCCAAUGGGAGAAGCCCAAGGACCUGUUGGAGAGGGAACAACGACAGAAAGAUCCAGUCAAGAUGGCGGCGAACAGCUUCCCCAGGGACAUGGACUACAGACAAGAGGCCUUGCAGGACAAAGCCACAACAAAGACCACAUCGGCGGACCAGUCCACUGCAUCCAACUCCGGCCAUUCCUCCUCUUCCUCUACUUCUCAGAGCAUCAACUCUGCUUCUGGUGCUCUAGGUUCCACCCCCUCCACCAUGUCUUCCUCCUCUUCCUCCGCCUCAGGACAGGUGCCUCAGUCUCUCCAGUCCCCGUCACCAGCACUGCUGCAGGACCCGGCCCUCCUACAUCAGCUCCUCCCGGCGCUGCAGGCCACUCUGCAAAUGAACAACGGCAGCAUGGACAUGGCUAAACUCAACGAAGUCUUGGCAGCUGCUGUCACCCAAGCUUCCUUGCGGUCUGUGCUUCAUAAACUCCUCACUGCUGGACCUGCUUUCAACAUCACUGCUCUGCUCUCAGCUGCUCAGCACUCCAACCAAGCCCAGCACUCCAGUCAGUCCCCCGUCUCUCUGACAUCAGAUGCAUCGUCACCGCGACCGUACGUCUCGCCACGGAACGGCACACCACAGAGCAACCAGAAACCCCUCAUGGGUGUGCACCAAGGCAGCAUCACAUCCUCACAAACAAGGGGCAGCAUGUCUUCAGGGAAAGGAUCAGCUCCCCUGUCUCAGACUGCAGAGAAGCGUCCAGAGGACCCCAGAACUCUCCAGCAGAGAAGCCAGGAGAUUCUGUGUCUGGGAUCGACCCUACCUGGUGCUGCGUUGCCCCAUGUCCCUUCCAGCAGCACUAGCCAAUCACCGGGCGACAACCCUGGCUCCUACACCCCCACCCUGGCAGCUCAUUUCGAUGAGAACCUCAUCAGACAUAUCCAAGGAUGGCCUUCAGAGAACACUGAGAAACAGGCGGCUCGGUUGCGUGAGGACAUCCACAACAUGGGCAGCUUGUACAUGUCAGAGAUCUGCACAGAGAUGAAAAACCUGCGCUCCCUGGUCCGAGUGUGUGAGAUUCAGGCCACGCUGAGGGAACAGAGAAUCCUUUUUCUGAGGCAGCAGAGCAAAGAGCUGGACAAGCUGAAGAACCAGAACUCGUACAUGGUGUGAGGAGCAGACCGCCGAAGAAAGGACUGGGAUGGAUGGAUGGAAAAACGCUAGAAAUGAAAGAGGAUAAACAUGGACAGCAUCCGCUACAGCCUGUUUAUUCUCUGUUUGAGCGACUGGGAAAAGCUUUCAGAAAUAAAUGAGUCGGCUGCUGAAGAGGUGAAGCUCCAUCAUCCUGAACAUGUCUUUUUUUCUGUCCUUUUUUUUUUUUUUUUUAAGAAUUUGUUUUUCCAGUGUCCACCACAUACUCUCUGAAAGGUGAAAUUGUCAGUUCACCGAGACGGACACUUUACCCGGUGGACACAGAGGACCUGAGGCUCUUUUCAAACAGCACCUUCUCGGACUGUGAACCUUGGAUUGUGUGUAUCGUAUUGGGUUAACUUUGUUUUCUGGUGUGUUUCUUGAUGUGUAGUGGUCAGGAAAAGAUUACAAUUAAUUCUUGGGAAAAUCAUCUAAAACAAAACCAUCUCAUAAUAAUCAGUGUGACAUUAUUUUUUCUUUUCGGUGGAUGUUUGAACAGAAUCGUUCGCCUGCCAAUCUUCGGAAACAGACUUUGUCAUGCAUUGAAAUGUAUGGAUUCAAUAGCAGUGAUGUUACUAAUGUUAUUUUUUAUUCACUAUACCUGUCCGUGGUUUUUCCAGAUCAGCGUGUCUUUGUGCUGGUUGGUUUUUUCAUGUCAAGAGAUUAGCGAAGACCUUCUGCCAGACCUGUCUGAAAACACGUCAA